AGAUGGCCACUCCGACGAUGUCGUAUGCAGCCUCACAUACUGAGAUAUUCACAAGAAGCAUUCGAAUGGAGAUGAAUUAGCACACCGCCAUAACGACAAUGUCGACUCUGAAGUCCAUUCCUAGCCAUGGCCUCCAGCAAUCCAACUCCUGUUCACCUCGAUGUGCCUGUGACCGACGCUGAACGGGCUCAAGCCCAAGCCCGGCGGAGGGAUCACAGCUCCUCCGAUAUUCUACCAGAGCCAGUCUAUCAACCACGCGACGAACAACAUGUACCACCUUCACGCUUCCCCUCUAUACAUGGUCCGCCUGUCGUACAACAACUUUCUCAAAGUCUCGCAAAGAUUCGGAAACCGAAAUUAUGUCCCUCUACCGGAUUUCAAGGAGGAAGAUGAACCAAACUCCAUCAGCCUUCGAGAAGCGUCGCUCUAUAAAGAGGAUACCACGUACUCGCCGGCUUCAACAACACCAAUUCCUCCACUAUGGACUCCCAUCUGGUUGAGACGGUCGACUCUGGGCCUCUUCGCUCUAGCUUUCGCUCUUCUUGUGGUCGGCCUGACGCUAGUCUGGCAUUAUGACCAAGUCAACGAUGGCUUUCGGGUGUCCAACGGCAUGAAACACUAUGCCUGGGCUUAUGCCCCGACCGUCGUUGCUGUGGUCGUUGUUGCAGGUUGGCGCAUGGUGGACUAUCAUGCUAAGUUGGCUAUGCCAUUCGAUGCGCUUCAAAAUGGCCCUUUGAAGCCCUCGGAAAGUCUCUUUAUCGACUAUGUCUCGAAAUUCCAACUUGUGGCGUUGUUCGAAGCGAUCAAGAACAAUCACUUUGCUGUUAUGACUACGAUCACAGGGUUCGUGUUGUUGAAGGUCGUGACUGUGUUCUCAACAGGGUUGUUGCUUUUACUCCCAACACAAGUUACACAGAAAAAUACCUCCGUUAAAGCGAUCGGAUUCAGCUCGGAUGCUUUCGAUCCAAGCACAGCACUGGAUGAGUCGUCUUUCUCUCCCUUACCGGUAUAUGCCUACUACGGUGCCAUGGCCCAGGGUAUGCCUCUCGACAAUGGUGUGACUCUUGGUAUGGCGUAUGGUGUCUUCGCGUUUGAUUCGAACUCGUCGCUAGGAAAGAACGCUGUCACAUCAGGCACCGUCGAUGCAUUCGUGCCUCUCAUGAUGUGCCAGGCCCUUCAUGUUCAGCUGGAUAGUCCACUCAUCGUCAACGGCACUAAUUCGGCAGAGGCCUUUGCGACAUCUUCCGAUAUAUUCUUUAGUAUCGAAGUUGGCGGUACAUGCAGCCAGUCUCCUUCUGUCAGUGUCCCUGCGGAGGAUCCCUACACAAAUACUGUCUCGCAACGUCAAGUCACGGGUACGAUACAGGAGAUAUAUUGCGAAUCGGGAAACGGAACUGUCCCAGAUUCAAAUGGGCCCGCGGGGUUGUUAUUCACUCUUACCGACAUCGACUACCAACAGACACUAUUCGACAAUGCAACUCAGCUAGCUGGCGGGUCUUUUACGAUCGCAAGCAACGUGUCCCGGACAAUCACCAAUAUCACCAAUGUAUUUUGUGUCCCUUCGUACGUUAUGAGCACCGUCAAAGUGACCAACAACACUCAAGCGCAGGGCAGCGGGCAGGGCGUAACCGUUGUAUUGACAGAGGGAGCCACCAACAGCAGUUUGACGACAUUUUCAGAUUGGAAUGCCACCAGGGUGUUUGUUCAAUCUGCUACGUCGGCGGAAGGGCUUUUCGGGAGUACUGUUACCGAUGCUACUACCACAAACUCCAGUGGAAUCUUUACUUUGAUGGCUCUUACCCAUGGCUCGCAGGAUAUCAACACGCUUAUGGACCCUGACAAGAUGGUGGUGGCCGCCCAAGACACCUACAAGGGUAUCCUGUCACAGUAUGCUCACCAAGUGCUAAGAGCGGCCAAGACGAGUGAUGUCGAGGGAGGCACUGUUAGCAGAGAAGAAUCUAGGCUGCGGGUGAAUGAUAUCUCAAUCUGGACGAUGGCUUCGAUAUCUGGUCUGCUCAUGCUCUUCUGCAUUGCACUGAUCUUUGUUGCACCACGAGCGGUUGCUCCGCGCGACCCAAGCUCAAUCGCCACUGUUGCAACCAUCUUGACACGAAGCACCGAAUUGAACAGACUCUUGAGCCGGCCAGGGAUCCCAAGUUUUGCAAAUCAGAAGUUUACCUUGGCCGGAUUUGAAUUUGGCACCGCCAUUGCCACCACAGACUCUGGAAGCUCGAAUUUCAAAAUCGUAACUUCAGAAGGCGAGCCGGAAGACUCACAGACGAGAUCCAGCUUGGAAUUGAAAUGGUGGUUGCCUAUUACCGCAACAAUUCCCGCUGUGAUACUCACGUUUUCAAUUCCACUGUCGCUCAUUGCCGUCCUGGAGGUCCUUCAACAAUCCUCCGACAAGCAUCAUGGCGUCUAUACGGUCCCCGAUAACGACUGGACCGAGAUCUACAGUCACUAUAUUCCAACUGUGGUAAUGUUGAUCAUUGCAAUGUUGAUCAACAUACUCGACUUCAAUGUCGCUAUGUUUGCUCCGUGGAUUAACUUCGCCAAGGGUGACGCUAUCAGCAGAAGAUCCAUACUGAACCAUAUCUCAGGGAGGUCGCCUCCGUUUGCUUUGCUACAAGCAGUUCGAACCCGAAACGUAGGCGCUAUUCUUAGCUUCAGCGCAGCAGCAUUGGCGAGCAUUCUCACGAUCCUCGUUUCUGGUCUGUACACAGUCGAAGAUGAUGCUAGGCAUGGCAACAAUGUAUCGCUCACGCAGCUCGACACGUUCAAUUUGCAGUGGUCCAACAGUUUCUCUCUCGAUAACGGAGCAGCUGCCAUGGCCGACCUGAUCAUGCACCAGAACUUCAGCUAUCCUCAAUCCACCUAUGAAGGUUUGGUCUUUCCCAAGGUCUCAAUCAGCGAUCCGACAAGUUCUAGCUCUGUUUCAACCGCUCAUGGGACGAUGAGCUAUAUAUUGCCAGCUGUCCGAGGCAACUUGAGGUGUGAGGUCCUACCAAAUGCGUCAAUCAUCGUGAUCACCCAACAAGCCGGAUCCGACAGUGCCUAUGCCACGGAUCAAGCCUUCGUUACGGCUACUGCAUCACUACCAGACUCCUGCCAGCUGGGUGGUGCCGAUGGCACUGACUCUUCUGUCACAUACGAAAACAACUUUGAGCUUCCCUCGGGAGGGAAAGGCACCUACGCCGGCGCACAACUGGAUCUGCUUUUCGGGUCCAAUGCCUCGACAUACGGAAACUAUGGUGAGGCGCGUGGUCAGUACAUUGGCGACAAUCCUGCCGUUGGUUGUCCCAGCCUUGCAUUCACUUUUGGCCACUUCCAACUGAACAGCGAUGACCAGAGCCAAGUCACGACCAUGAUUUGCUACCAGGAGAUACAGAGCCUCCAAGCAAAUGUUACAUUCAAGCUCAACACGACAACGAUGGACUCUGACCACCCUCCUGUUGUGCAAAAUGAUACGAUUUCACUCAAAGCGAAUCCAUUGAGCACUACCGGAGUAAAGUCCUUCGACUUCCGUAUCCAGAACAACCUUGCUAGCGAAAUGACUCUGUUCAACGGUGCUGUCGAGACACCGGCCACGAACCCCCCCGCCACCAACACGUUCGACAUUUACUUUCAAGCCAUCAUCAACGGCUCCACUCCACACGAUCCAUCAACACUCGUGGGCGCCAACAACCAGAACGCACUCAUUGACGCGGUCAACCAAUUCUACCGCAUCUACAUGGCCCAAGCCAUCACGACCAACAUGCGCGCCCCACAAGCAGACAGCAGCACUUCAUCGCGCCUCUCCCGCCGCCAGAUCGGCACCACAAGCAGCAGCGCCACCACCGUCACGACAUCACGCCUGGUACAAGACAACAACACUAAGAUGAUGCUCCAGAUCAUCUUGGGCGUCAUGACCAUUCUCGCGGCAGCAGCAUGGCUCACCACCAAAAUGCGUCGUGUCCUACCCUGUAACCCAUGCUCCCUGGCCGGCACAAUGUCUCUCCUCGCCGGCAGCGAUCUCUGCUACAACACCGACGCUGGCCUCUGCGAGUGCUGCGGCAAACCCCGCCGGCGGUCGUUUGGACAGGAGGACAACCGACCCGAGAGCAUACAUGUAGCUGUCGAUGAGCACCAACAGGCCGACGACCGCAAACAAAUCAUCCCUGAUGGCGCAGAGUGGAUGCCCCAGCUUCAAUUUGAGACUGUCUUUGGCGGGCAGAGGUACAGCAUGGGCUGGUGGCGCGAGCGCGGCUUGAUCGGCAAACGGCGGCGCUUCGGUGUUGACGUCGGCGUCAGGGCGGACGGACCGGAUGAUCAAGAAUGGGAACUUGGGUCUAGACGGCCUGAGGGACCGGGCUUCUCGGGGUUUAUGGUGCGAGGUGGUGACCGCGCCGGACGAGGCGAGUAUUCACGCUUCAGACGACGGGGCCGGUCUGUUAGUCCUGUGCCCUCGGCCGUGGAGGCCGAGGAGAUGGAUAUCACUGCAGAACGUAUGUCUGUGCCCAUGGCGUCUGGGGCGCGAUUGGAACCACUUAGGGAUUCGGAGCGAUUCUACUCUCGCGAAGAUGAAGCUGGAGGGCCGGGGCCGGCUACUUUAGCGAGACGGGAUGGCUUGUAUCCGGGCGGUGAAGCGUAGGCGUUGUGGAUUUGUGCUUUUCUGUUCGUCGAAGCUUUAAGCAAGCGAUAUCGGAGUAAUGUGUCU